AUUACAGUGUGAAGUUCGAAGAACCUAUGAUAAGGAAAUCCUUCUAACGUUUGAUGUAUCAGGCAAAUAUUAUGGAAAGCAAUUGCGUAAACCUUAUGAAGAGGAGGAAGUUUCUUCUGGCGAUAAACGUUCCAGUGAGGUUUUAAAACCAGAUUCAAUUUCCUCUGUGCAGACCAAGAAG